CGCUCACCACCACCACGACAUCGAAUCCGUCUCAACAACAGCUACACGCCGUCUUCGUCGCCGCCGCUGCCCUUGUAUCUAACAGAUCGACUUGCGCCAAAAGACAGUGCAGUGCAUUGGCCGUCGUAGUCGUCGCAUCGAAGAACACUUGGUCUCGAAGCGCAGCCACACAUCGCCGCCAAUCGCUCUUCUUCUUCUUCCUUUGCUCUCGUUCAUCCUCGAGAGCUUCCAAGAGCACCUCCUCCACCCUCGAGAACACACACAAACACACACACAUAACCUGCGAUGUCGACCACAGCAACACCGUCAGGCCCGGCUGCGGCCGCUGCCCCAUCUGGCCCGCGACGUGGAGGCUACCGCGGAGGACGUGGCCGUAAUCACCACAGCUCUGGCGGCGUAGCUGUAAAGGACCCCUCCCGCCCACAGGCAGACGACACAGAAGAGGUACGCAAUCUUCGCAAGAAGUACGGCUCGCAGCUUGGUCUUCUCCGAGAACUAUUCGGCGACUGGACCGAUGAGGAUCUUCUCUUUGCCCUUCAAGAGGCAGGCGGAGAGCUCGAGUUGGCUGUCGCACGCAUUACCGAGGGACAUGCUGAGCAAUUCUCAUCCGUCAAGUCAAAGAAGCAAGUCAAGAAGGACACGCCCGCUGCGGCCCCUGCCCUGCCCCAAAUCUCAGCCAGCGACUCGUCGGCUGCCGCUAAUGGCUCAAUGCGUGGUGCUGGCGGUGCUGCUCGCGGCGGUCGAGGUGCUGGUGUAGCCGGCCGAGGUGGAAGGGGAGGCGCUCGAGGUGGAUUCAGAGGUGGAGCAAGUGGCGGACGUGGGGGCGGCAUUGCCCCUCAAGCCAAUGGCCACGUUCAAGACUCUUCUGCUGCGCCUACUACUACGGCGCCCACUAGUACCGGGCCUACUUGGGCACAGGCCAUCGCAAAGGCGAAUGGAGGCGCAAAAACGGCUCCUGCACCUGCAGCUGACUCGUGGGACGAUGAGCCAACGCCGGCUGCUGCAGCGCCUGCUCAGUCAAGCAACGUCGACGACAAAGUGACGAGCUGGGAUGACGAGCCUAACAUGGUUCCCGUUGCUCAAGCAGACAAAGCCGCACCGGCUGCACCAGCAGCAGCGGCAGCGGCGGCGGCAACUCCGGCUGCACCUGCUUCGAAGCCAUCGCUCCCUUCAGGAUCAUCCGGGAAGACUUGGGCUCAGAUUGCUCGACGUCAAGACCCUCCCAAGCCUCAACCUCCUGCGUCUGCGCAAGCGCCCAUCGCUCCUGCUAUGACUGCUGCUCCUGAGGCUGCCAUCGAGGCUACUCCCGCAGCUGCCGCAGAGGAGGCCGUACCUGUCGUUGAUGCAGUGGUCGAGGAGACUAUUGUCGAAGAGACCCCAGCUGGUCCCGUAGAGACUACCAUCGUUGAGACGCAGACCGUCCCCGUCAGCGAAGUUGAGGCUGCUGUGGAGGAGACUCCUGCCGCGUCCGCCGCUGCCAUCGAGACGGCCCCUCAAGAGCCCGCCUCUGCGCCCGCUGCUGCGCCUACCAAGCCCGCUGCCCGCUCAGCCGCUUCUCAGCGUGCCCUUGCUCGAGCCAAGCAGGAUCAAGCUGUCGUCAUGGCCGGCAAGAACUCGCUCGACAACCUUGGCGUGCAGUUCGGCACUCUCAACUUCCUCGGUGGAGACGACAAUGAUGUGCCAGAGCCCGCAGUCCCCGCCGCUGCGAUUCCCACUGGACCUGCGGCACAGCAGCAGCCUGAGGCCCCCGCCGCCGCUGCACCUGCCCCGCCUAGUGCCCCCGCCGCAUCGUACGAACAGCAAGCUCAGCAGCCUCAGCAACAGCGCUACCUCGAGGCUACUCAGCAGACGCAAGAGCCCGCUGCUCCGGCUCAGAGCUACGAGCAGCCCCAACAACAGCAGCAGCAGCAGCAGACGCCGGCACAACAGCCACAGCAGAGCGCCUACGGUGGAUUCCGUUCAGAUGCCUUUGGCUAUGGCGGCAAUUACGGCCAGCAGCAGCAACAGGCUCCCGCUCAGCAGCAACAGCACGAUCAGUCCUCCCUGUACGGCAGCUACGGCUCUCACGCUGCAAACAACGCCGGCUCCACUGCUUCCAGCCAGACGCCCGCGCAGAGCAACCAGGGCGGAUACCAGGACUACUCAAUGUACGGUGGUCUGGACACCAACCGCCUCGCUUCCUUCUACGGCGGCUACGACCAGGGCUUCGGUGCUUCUCGUAGCGACGAUCGCCAGGGCCAACAGUCUGCAGGCCAGCAGCAGGAGAGCCAACCUGCCGCUCAACAGCAGCAGCAGCAACCUCCGCAGGCUCACCAAUACGGCCAGCACUCGCAGGCCCAGCAGCCCGCCCACCAUCAGCAACACCACCACCAACAGCAGCAGCAGCCCUACCCUGCUACGCCCUACUACUACCCGCACCACUACUACAUGCCCUCGCACCAGUUUGGGCACUACGGCCAGCCGCAGGGGUACGGGCAGUACGCUCUGCACGGGUACGGACAGCCUCAGCAGCAGGCUCAGGCUCAGCAGCAGGCUCAAAAGCCGAGCACGCCCGCGUCCAUUGCGUCGCCGUACGCACAGCAGGCUACUCCGGACGCAACGAGCUACGGUUCGCAGGGAGGUUACGGACAGAGCGGUCUUGGCGGCUCCUACGGGGGUCUGCAGGACACCUAUGGUGCUCAGCGCGGCGGUAGCGGCAUGCCUGGCGCUCAGAGUGACUACGCAAAGAUCUACGGCAACUACCUGGGAGGCGGUGCCGGUGCUCCCCAGCAGCAGCAGCAGGGCCAGCAGGCUCAGCAGCAGGCUGGAAGCCAGGGAGCCCCCACUCCUCAGCAGGCUCACCAGAAGGCGCAGGGCCAGGCGACCCCUGCUCAGCAGGCUCAAGGGCAGCAGGGUCAGGAGUACGGACGCUACGAUGCUUCCAAGCAGAACGGCGGUAGCGCUGCUGGCGCCAACCCCAUGGCUGGUACCCCUCGUGGGCCCGCUCAACAGCAGCAGCCUCAGCCUCCUCAACACCCGGCGGCUGCGGCGCCUUACUACCAGCAGUACUCUGGAUACGGUGGUGGAGCGCAACAGCCUAGCCAGUCCGGGUACGGCGGGUACCCGUACGGCGCGAGGGGGUACUGGGGCCAGUAAGUGGGCGAGAAGUCGGGAAACGAGCUUGAAGGCUAGUAAUCAGUGCUUCUCUCUCGUCGACUGCUCCUUCGCUUGUGGAUCUUGCCCAUCUCUCCCCUCCCCACCCCUGCGUCUCUCCUCCCUUCUCGUGUGCUCUUCUCUUAUUGUGUUUCACAUUCUCUCGUCCUCGUCUCUCCAACCAACGAAAGCCGUCGCGAUCGGUUCUGUAACACCAUCUUUCCAAGAAGCACAACUCCGACACAACCCAACUUUGUCCUCAACCAUGCGAUUUUGCGCCAAUCACCCCUCUCUCUUCUCUAUGUCCUCUGUGACACAAUGCGAAUAUAAACAAGGAAGAUGAUGAGGCUGUGCCUGCGUGCGAGAGAGAGACAGAGAGAGACAGCUCAGUUGGUGGUAAGGUGAAGAAGAGGAUGAGGGAGGGGGGACGAGCAAGUCAUUGAAGCAGGCUGUGCU